ACUUGCAUAGAUAAUUGAUACAAUGUUUCUACAGGUGAACAUCGUGAUAUCUAAGGUGAACAUCGUAACUAACAAUAAAAUUUAAUAUUUUUAUCGUUUUAAAAUAGGUUAUAAGACCAUUGAAGAGCAGAAAACAAACACACACCUACCUGACAUAAGAAUUGUCAUUUUGUUACCCGUUUUCCCCUCGAGAAUGCGAUAAGAGAUUACGUAAUUAUAUAGACUGCGUUUUUUCUACAAUGGGUCGUGUGUGUGUCGUAAUCGUGAUCGUGAUCGUCGUGGUUGCCUGCGUCAUCGGCGGGGCAGUGGGCAUCUUUGCGGCCCUCAGGGACAAAAUUUGGCCAUACCCACUACACGCGAACUGCCAGGUGGACUGGACGUUCGGGAAGCCGUGUUCUGAGGUGGAGACGCUGCUGGUGCAGCAGCUGCAGCAGUGGAGUGAAGAGGUCUGCGACGCGCCCAAAGAUCACUGCGGCUACAACUUUCUGGGCGUGCGGGACGGGCUCAUCAGCGGCGCGCACUUCACCCCGAGCCCGCGCUUCCGGGACACCAUAAGCUUCAACCUUACGACCUCGGCUGAUGGCUGUAAUGUCAGGGGUAAGAGCAGGUCGGACGUGUGGUACGCCAUUAACGACUUCGGCGUCAACUACUGCAACAUCAAAGACCUGGUAGUGGGCGCUCGACUUGCUUCCAACGACCCCAAGCACACAGAAAAAUCCCAACCAAAUAUUUGCACGCAAUACCCAAACUCGAACUGCACCUGGUAUAACUGAGCAUUUUAUACACGAUUAGAAGGCUUUCCUGUCAUCCCCAUGAAAUGAAGACCACAAGAAUUUUCAAUAAAGGUGACUUAUUCUCCAUUACCAGACAAUAAAAAGUGUAUAACAGCGUAAAAAAUAUAUAGUCGUGUUUCUGUUAGCAUGCAUAUAUAAAAUUAUUUCAGAUUAUUCAUAAUUCUAACUGAAGUAAGUCAACACAAAAUUGAAUAAGUAUCUACGGUACAUUUUACCGGUAAGGUAAAGAGUAGCAAAAACUAGUCUUCUCUUGUAAAAGCAUGAAUGGUUGUGUACCCGUAACUUAUAAAAUGGCUAUAUGUUGUGUAACGCAGAUUGGAAUGCGAAAAAUUAACUUGAAUGUGAUCCAAAGAUUUGGAGUACGAUUUACUUUAACCCAUCAAUAGUAACAGGAUUCUGGAAAUACUUAGACUUCUAAAGUACUAAACUGACUUAGAAAGUAAGAUUUUCAUGUGCCACCGCAACUACAAGGCGCCGAAUGUCGUAAACAGUCGUCAUGUGCUGCCAAUGAGGCCGAGCGACCUGAAGGAAGCGAAGCUCAUAUGCAUCUUGAGGAUCAGUGACACACUUCAUGAGGCAUUCUUAAAUAUCAGUGUCACUAAACUCGCCACAGCACUCUUGUAGCAGGAACGAUUAACUUUAAUGGAAACGAUUAAUUUUACUGAAAGAAGUGAGCCACAACAUUCAUGCGGAGAUCAAAACAACUAAUAAAUACCAUGUUUUAAUGGAACACUACAAAUCGCAGUUCAGACCUGUAUUUUACAGUUUUGGACAAGUGACGAGUUAAGAGCAGUGUCUUCUGCGUGGCGACUCGUGUGUCACUGACGUUUGAAGGCAUCGGAGUAAUUUGACGUACCCAUGUCUAAAAAAACUCCUUACGCUCAUUCGAAGUAAAUCACAAUACUUUUUUAAAAUUUGCUGUUAUUUUUUCGGAUGAUCCAAAUUUCCAUGUACCUACAAUGAAAUAAAUAUUUUCUCCCUCA